GUUGGCGGCCAUCUUUGAAAGUUGUGUCUGGAGAACGAAUGAAAGUGUAAACUCUCGUGGAUAUAUUGACACUAAAGAAAACAUUUUCCGGUGGUAAUCUUCCUCUAGUAUCAAGAUGAAUCCUAUGACAAAUGUCAAGAAUAUUCAAAAGCUCAACGAGCGGAUGUUAGACAUGGGCGUUGAAGAUGACUUAUCAUGGCAUAAACAGUACAAGGAUAGUGCAUAUAUAUUCAUAGGUGGACUGCCAUAUGAUCUAACAGAAGGAGAUAUCCUAUGUGUCUUCUCACAAUAUGGAGAGAUAGUCAAUGUAAACCUGGUACGAGAUAAGAAAACAGGCAAGCAGAAAGGAUUCUGUUUUUUGUGUUAUGAAGACCAAAGAAGCACUAUCCUAGCUGUCGACAACUUUAAUGGAAUCAAGCUUGGUGGAAGAACAAUCAGAGUUGACCACUGCUCAAGUUAUCGUAAGCCAAAAGGAGACGAGAAGGAUGAGGAGGGGAAUAGAAAAGAAAUUUUGGAAGAGGGAUGUGCUCCAAAGAUUUCUUCACCAUCAGCUUCAGAGGAUGAACCAGAACCUCUUGAACCAGUAAAGAAGAAAAAGAAAGUGAAGAAAGACAAGAAACAUAAAAAACACAGAGAAAAAAAAUCUAAGAGAAAGGAAAGUUUAUCUAGUUCAGAAAGUCAAGAUGACAGCCGUUUUUCAAAGGAUGAGAAGCAAAAAGAGAAAUCAAGUAAAGAAAAAUCAUAUUCCGAGAAGAAAAAAGAUGCUCGACUACAGGAAAGAAGCUAUGAUAGAGACUCUUAUAAAGAAAGAGAUGAAAGAGCAAGCAACACAAGGGAAUGGGAUUAUGGAAAGAGAACUGAAAGGGAAGAUAGAUAUGUGGAAACAAAAAGAGAAAGAAGGGAUAGAAAUGAACAAUCAUCCCAUAUGGAAGACAGAUCCUAUGAUAAUAGGGACAGAUGGGGUGGACGACAAGGGAGGGACAGUAGAGAAAGAUUGGGUGACAGGAGAGAUAGUAGAGAAAGAUUAGGCGAAAGAACAAGAGACAGGAGUAGGGAUAAUAAGUAUAGUGAUAAAGAUAGGGUCAAGAGUAAGAGGUAAUAGAAACUAAACAUUAGGUAUCUCACAUUAUUACACUCAAAGGGCUACAGACAAUGAGACUGUUGGAUGCAACAUUACAACAGAAAAUUCCUCAUGGUGUCUACCCACGAGGCAUUGCAACACUACAUCACCAGCAAUGUGCAGAAAGUUGGGUUCUAUUUCUGUAAUUGAAGCUAAAACCUCAAUGAUGUUCUGGACAUUGUGGAGAAUGAGAGCCACCCUAAUAAAUGCAUUUUCACUAAAA